CAUUGUACAUUUCUGUGGAUAUUAUUUGCCGUGGUAGAUUCACUCUCGCCAUUAACAGAUAAGAAGGUAGAAGAUGACGUUAAUGUAAAAUCAUCGUGCGAAACAAGUGAAACCAUCAUUAACAAUCUGCAGAACCAGAUAAAUCAAGAAACGGUGAUCAGGCUUUCUUUACUGAAACAUGUGUAUUCACUGAUCAACGACAUGAUUAGUUUGAAAAAUGAAAUGGCUGUCAUGAAAACCAAUGCAGAAGAUAUAAGAAAGAGUACCAGUGAUCUUCGGCAUGAAGAUAAAAAAAUGUUGAAUGAAAUAGAACAGAUGAAGCAUGUCCAAAACGAUACAUCUGAAACGAUAAUUAACGUGCAGCAUGAACAUAAAAGAAUGUUGAAUGAAAUAAAACAGAUGAAACAUGAACAUAACAAUACAUCCGAAAUGAUAAUAAAUGUGCAGCAUGAGCAUGAUAAAAUGUUGAGUGAAAUAGAACAGAAGAUGAAAAUUAACCAAAACGACACAUCGGAAAUGAUAGUGAACGUGCAGCAUGAAUAUAAAACAAUCGUGAGUGAAAUAGCACAGAAGAUGAAAUAUAACCACAACGUCACAUCUGAAAGAAUAGUAAACGUACAGGAUUAUUUACUCAACGUCAAUAAUUCUGUAGAUCUUCUCCGUAAUCAUACCGAAAAAAUCAAUGCUAAGUACGGUAUUCAAGAAAAUAGAACGAGAGAAUUAUCAAUCCAACAGGAAAAAAUUGAGUCUAGACUGAAUGAGCUGCACAAUAAUCAAAGACAACUCUCUGAAACACAAGGCAUGAUAGCAAACCAUAGUAAAAAUACACUCGAAAAAAUCUUGAAAAUGAGGGAAGAUUUAGAAGGAAACAUCACUUCUAUGGUCAGUUACCUAACUUUGACUAGGCAAGAUUUUCCUGACAGUCAAACAUCCAGGCCUUCUACAUCGACAGGGACAACAACAAAACCGACAUCUACGCCUUUAAGACGCCCUAUGGAUUGUUACGACUUGUACACCUCAGGAAACACGAGAUCCAGAGUCUACACAGUAUAUCCCUGGGGUGCUACUAAACAAUCUGUAUCGGUUUACUGUGAGAUGGAUGUGAUGCCUGGUGGCUGGACAGUUUUUCAAAGGCGAGGAAUCGACAAGUCGGUACUUUUUAAUAGAACGUGGCUUGAAUACAAAAAAGGAUUUGGGAGCAUAUAUACAGAUUUUUGGUUAGGAAACGAAGUCAUUCAUCAGAUGACAACGAUUGGUUCCAACAAAUUAUACAUCCAAUUAAAAGAUACCUCACUGAGGUCAUUUCAUGCACGGUUUGAAUCGUUUUCAAUAGGACCGGAAACCGACAAAUACCGUUUGCAUGUAGCCGGGAAAUUUUCUGGCAAUAUGACCUAUGACUAUGUCACUAGUGGAAGUUAUAUUCUUAAUGGUCAACCUUUUGCCACUCCGGACAGACCUGACACCUCUCACUGUGCCACACGUUUGGCAGGGGGAUGGUGGUUCCAUGGAUGUGAAUAUGUUUACUUAAAUGGCCCCUUCAACAGCAGAUAUUGGGUGUGGAAGGGGAGUAUUAAUUAUUACAACUUGCUGGAGUAUACAUCUAUGAUGAUGACAAGAGGAUGAAUUUUUUCAACCAGAAAUUUGAUAAAUACUUUUAUUGUCAAUCUUAAUUUUAA